GCCUUCCCUGCAGGAUCGAGUUCGCAUCGCGCUCCAUCCGCCCCAUCCGCCGCGAUGCCGCCCAAGUUCGACCCCAACGAGAUCAAAGUCGUGUAUCUGCGCUGCACCGGAGGGGAGGUCGGAGCCACCUCCGCGCUCGCCCCCAAGAUCGGACCCCUGGGGCUGUCCCCCAAGAAGGUGGGCGAUGACAUCGCCAAGGCCACGGGCGACUGGAAGGGGCUGCGGAUCACGGUGAAGCUCACGAUCCAGAACAGGCAAGCGCAGAUAGAAGUUGUUCCUUCUGCCUCUGCUCUGAUUAUCAAAGCUCUGAAGGAGCCCCCUCGUGACAGGAAGAAGCAGAAGAACAUCAAGCACAGCGGGAGCGUCACCUUCGACGAGAUCGUGAACAUCGCGCGGCAGAUGCGCCACAGGUCCCUGGCUCGGGAGCUCUCGGGGACCAUCAAGGAGAUCCUGGGCACUGCCCAGUCUGUGGGCUGCAGCAUCGAUGGCAGACACCCCCACGACAUCAUUGACGACAUCAACAGUGGUGCCAUCGAGUGCCCGGCUAGCUAAGACUGCAGAAAAGGAAGUUGCCCCGUGAAGGCUCCUUCAGUUUUUUGUAGCACUUUAAAUGCUUAAUAAAAGACCCAGUUGUCUGCAAA